CAAGUGCCCAUACCAAACAUGGCGGCUUCCGCCGCUUCCGGUCCGCGUGUAACUGGAGCUGCAGGAAGGACACGUGUGCCGGGCAGAUAAGGAGGAAAAUGGCGAAAAAAAAGAAGGAAAAGAUCAGUGUGGCCAAGGAGAUAGACAGCAUGGAGGGGAAGCUGGCGUCCUGCAGGAGUAACCUGGACGAAGUGGACUUCAAACUCCGCAAACUGGAGCUGACAGCGGAGGGGAGGAAAUCACUCGAAAAAGAAAAAAACGCUCUGACCAACAGGAUGUCUCACUACGAGAAGGAGCUGAAAUCCCUGCGUCACGAGAACCGGAAGAACAUGAUGGUGUCGGUGGCGAUCUUCCUGCUUCUUGCCCUGGCGUAUUACUGCUACACCAUGUGAUGGGGCGAUGGUGCCCAUUGGCUGCCAGGA